UCGUUAAGAUAUCUCCCAUAAAAAGGAUUACCUUAUACGAAACCUGUUAAAACGGAUUAACUUAGCAGUUUCUCAUCUAACACCAACAUCAACAACAAAAAUAAAAAUUAACUAACAUGGAUAACCGUACUGAAAAUAAUUUCGAUUUUGGAGAAAACCAGAAGUCCAAGGCGAUUUCUCCACGACGUCAGCGAGCUAUGCAGUUCUUGCAGAGCCUCAGCAAACGUCUGGGCCGUCGGGUCCAGAACGACUUGAUCUAUAACAGUCAAGAGGAUCUUCGCAGUUCAUCAACAGACUCCUUCUCACUAAGCCUCGACCAAACCGAGAAGAGUCUUCGCAGUUCCAGCAUCGAUUUCCAGAGCAUGUCUUCGGUUGAUUCCAAUUGCCGUUUGGAUAAAUUUGAAUUGGAAACCGAGGAGGAAUCAAACAGCAGUGAAACUCCUGCCAGGACUCCACUUAAACGCAUCCACCUUAACCGCAUAUCAAUUUCAUCGGUUGGAAAGGUGCUUCAAAGUCUAUCAUCAUCUUCUCGCUCGUUAUCGUGCAAUAGUACACCUCUCAAGUCACAAAACAAAAAACCCGUCAAUAACAAAAAUAAGCCCGCUAAGCAGAGCCAACAACAGCAGCAGCAAGCCCAACCACAAAGGAUACUUCGACAGCCUGUUAACUAUGUUUACCUUAAAGGUAUGUCCGGCCUACCAACCCGCAGAGUACCCCGUUCAUCAUUGUGCUGCACUUAUGCCUACAGAUAAGGUGUUUAUCUUAAAAGAAGUGAAGUUAUUCAAAAACAAAAACCCUAAACAAAAAACGAGUGAUGCUGUAAAGAGUGACAUAGUGCCUGAGACUGUUGAAUCAGUGAAAAGAGACUUGAGUCAAAAAAAAAAAUAUUAAUUUUGAAAAAGACAAAAAAAAAUUAUGAUUAUUUUCUGUAAAAAACAAUUUUAAAACUAAAACAAAACAAAGAAGUUCUUUUCCAAGGAAAAUUACAAACAAAUAUCAAAAACUUAGUUCUUAAGUAUUUUU